AUGGAAAGAAGAAACAACAUUAAUAGUAGCGGCUUAUAUGCAAGCGAAGAUGAAGAUGAAGAUGAAGAUGAAAAAGGCGAAGAGAGGAGGAGGAUGAUGACGAUGAUGAUGGCGGCGACAUGGCCACCAAGGUCAUACAGAUGCAGUUUUUGCAAGAGGGAGUUUAGAUCUGCACAAGCUCUAGGAGGACAUAUGAAUGUCCAUAGAAGGGAUAGAGCUAAGUUAAGGCAACUAUCCCUUCUUAAUACUAAUAACCCUAAUAAUAAUAAUAAUAAUUCUACUUUUAGUAUUAAUCUAAAUCUUCCUCCUCAUCCUUGUACUACUUGUACCCCUAACAUCCCCCCUAUCCAACCUCCCUUGCAUUUAGACACUUGUUCGUCGUCUUCAUCAUCAUUAUCACCUCCUUCGAUGAUAACCACCGUUCCCCCACCACCAUCACCACCACCACCACCACCACCAAAUAAGUCCAUUCAUAAUGAUGUUAUUACUAAAAGGCAGUUUCAGUAUUUUAAGAAGCAAAACAAUUUGGUGAGACCUCCUAUUCCUACUAGUACUACUACUAAUAAUAAUAUCAACUUAAGGUUGGAUUUAGAGAUGAAUAUUCAUCAUCAUGCUGCCGAUGCUCCUGUCUUCAACAAGGAUUUGGAUUUAGAACUUCGUCUUGGUUACAACUACUAG